AUCCGAACUAAUAAUUCCAAACACAUUUAAUCAAUUAACAAGUAUUUAUUAAUAAUUAUUACUAGUUUUUACAUCCCUAGAUACAAUAAAACAUUAAAUUUUAACCAAUGUGCUUAACAGAAUGCUGCAUCUGCAGAUGUGUUGUAAGAUGACGACCGGCAAUCCAAUCAGAAGGAAACAGCACAUUUCUCAUUUUAAACUCGCUUUACAUCACGUUCCGGCAGUUGUAAAACGACCGUGGGUGCUAUCGCAUGUAAACAUGUUUAGAAUACUCUAAAAUCUACAGUAUCCUCAUUAUUUUACAUUCAUCCAGUGCAAUUUCCACACAAAUCAACGUAAAAAUGAGACUGAACAAGAAAACAAUUGCAUUUCCUACAUUACACGUCGCCCUAUUUUUAGUCUGCCUACAAGUUUCAUGUUUGCUUGCAAAUGGUCAAUCAACUGAUUUGUAUGACUUACUUGGAGUCAGCAAAGAUGCUUCACUCAAAGAAAUCAGGAAAGCAUUCAAAGCUUUAGCUGUAUUACAACACCCAGAUAAGAAUCCGGAUGAUUCAAAUGCUACAAGUAAUUUUAUAAAGUUAACUCGAGCAUAUGACAUCCUAAAAGAUACUGAAUUAAGAAAACAGUAUGAUUUAUAUGGUGAUGAAGGAAUUAAUCCAAGUACAAGUCAAAACUUUAAGAGUUAUUCUUAUUAUAAGAAUGAGUUUGGCAUUUAUGAUGAUGAUCCAUUGAUUGUCACAUUGAGUAAAGCUGAUUAUGAUGUGAAUGUUCUUGAUGAGAACCAAGCCUGGUGGAUAAAUUUCUACUCUCCUGCCUGUCAUCACUGCCAUGUAUUAGCGCCAACAUGGCGGAAAUUAUCUCAGGAAUUAGAGGGUGUUGUGAGGAUAGCCGCCGUGAAUUGUGAAGAUGAUUAUGUUUUAUGUCAUCAGUUAAGCAUUGGUGGCUAUCCGAGUUUGUUAUACUACGAAAAAGAAGCACAUUUAUACGAUGGCGAGAAAUACACCGGCCCGAAACAUUUCGAAGAGAUGCAAGACUUCAUUUUGUCUAAACUACAAGUUAAUGUUGAACAAAUUGAUGCUGAAAAUUGGGAGAAACUAAAUGAUAAAAACUGGUUACUGUUUCUAUGUGGACCAUUCGGUGGAGAAAGAUGUCCUGAACCACAAAUACAAAUAAAACUAGCUGCUGUUUUUGAAGGUUUAAUGUCAGUUGGUAUAGUAAGCGAUGAAGAACUCUGUGAUAAACUAUCACCAACACAUGCAACGCAACCAGUUGUGUUGUAUCAAGUCAACGGUGGCAAGAUAACAGUGGAUGUCAUUGAAGGUUCAGAUAAGAAGGAAUAUGUUGAUUCUAUCUUGAACUUCCUGCCUACUCCAGCGCAUUUGGAUGAGAAACAAUUCGCUGAGAUCAGAAACGAAUUAAGAGAUAAAGAUAAUCAAAUAGAAGAAGAAACAAAACCAUGGUUAAUAUGUUUCUAUCUAGGUACAGCAACAGAGUUAAAUCUGCAACUAAAACGUUUACCAACGAUUAUUCCAAACAUAAAAAUCGGCCUAAUUCACUGCGGUAAAAGUGCAGGAUUAUGUCAAGCCUUGCAUGUAUCUCGUUAUCCCACUUGGGGAUUAUUAAAACCAGGCGGUGCAUUUGAACUACACCACGGACGUGAUGUCCUCCACGAAGUGGCUGAUUUCGCACGUGACGGUGCGAAAGCCACUAAUCUCCAUGCUCUCUCCCCUGCUGAUUAUAAAAGUCUUCAUGAAGACCAAACACCUUGGUUUAUCGACUGGUACGCCCCCUGGUGUCCACCUUGCAGACGUCUCAUGCCACAAAUUCGAAAAGCUAGCCAACAUUUUCAACCCUCGCAAAUUAAAUUCGGAACUAUUGAUUGCACAAUGCAUCAAUCUCUUUGCGCAUCUGAAAAUAUCCGUUCUUAUCCAACCACAAUGAUUUAUCAAAAAGGUGAUAAACAUUUGUAUCAUGGCGCACUCAAUGAGAAUGAAAUCGUUGAAUAUAUUCAAGAGAUGUUGAAUCCAUCAGUUGUGCAUUUGACACAAGAAAAUUUCGUACAGUUGAUGCGUAAACCUGUCGGUGAGAUAUGGUUGGUUGAUUAUUAUGCACCGUGGUGUGGGCCGUGUCAAAGAUUAAUGCCUGUUUGGAGAGCACUUGCUAGAGAGAUGAAAGAAUUUGUUAAUAUUACAAUUGCGAGUGUUGAUUGUGUGAAAGAAGCUGAUUUGUGUUCCGCACAGAAUAUAAACAGUUAUCCGAUGAUUAGACUGUAUCCUAGGGAUAGUUACGGAUUGAAUUCUGUUGCGAUGUAUACAGGACACAGGGAUUUGAUGAAUUUAAAAAGUUGGAUAUUUGCUUUCCUGCCGACGAAAGUGGUGACUUUGACAAGUGAUUUUGUUAAAAAGAGAGUUUUAAAGAAGAGUUUAAGCACGCCAUGGUUGGUGGACUUCUAUGCGCCAUGGUGUGGACAUUGUGUUGAUUUUGAGCCGAAAUUUCGAACAAUUGCAGAGGAACUAGAUGGCAUUGCACGUGCUGGUAAAUUGGAUUGUCAAGCAGAACGUAAUUUCUGUAUUGAUAUGAGGGUAACAAGUUAUCCCACGUUGAGAUUGUAUUUUUCUAAAGAUAAGUAUUAUCCUAUUGAUACAAUUAGUCCGGAGUUUGUUGUUCAGGAAACUAAAAGGAUUAUUGAAGCCAAUGGACGUAGUAAUCAUGACGAAUUGUAAAAAUUAAUUUUUAAUUCAGAAAGUAAUUGAUUUCAUGAACCAUUUUUAUUAUUUUAUGCAAAAUACGUAGUUUAUACAAUACUAAACCAAAGGUCGCGAUGAUACAAAGGUAAAAACGAGUGAAUCUCAAAAGAAAGCUUGUAAUUCCUAUUAUUACUAAGAAAACUCUUUUUAAUGUUGUGAAUUGACGAUAUUUUUAUAGGAAUACGUUUAAUGCCGACGAAGAAUUUAUUUUAUUGCUUAUAUAAACUAUUUUCAACACAA